AUGCUUCCAUCCGCCGCGCUUCUGAUAGCCUUGAUCGGCUCCGCAGCCGCUCUACGCAUCAAAAGCGUCACCCACAGCGGACCAGCUUGUCCCCAGACCGACAGAUUGACUUGGUCCGGCGGCCUGGACGAUCUGACCAUCACCCUCCCCGACUUCAGCGAGACUCUAGCUGCCGGCCAGAUGACGAGCUGUCAGGUGCACCUGCUCAUCGACGAAGGCGAGCCAGGCAAGUCUCUGCUCCUACAGGAUGUUAUGCUCAGUGGGGGUCUUUACCUGAGCUCCAACACCAAAGUCGAUUUCUACACGACGGCGUAUUGGUCUGAGACGGCCUCCGAUACUGUCACCAAGUCUACGAGCACGGCGUCUGGCUCCACGGCUGUUUUCCGGAACGUGGAGGUGGCUCAGCGUGUGAACUCGGUGUCUCCUUGUACUGGUGGCGAUGGCUACGUCGGGAUACUGAAUGUGACUUUCCGCAUCAUCUCCCAAGGCGGGGGGUUGGUUAUCUUUGGUAAAGAACGCAAGGAUGGUGCAACUUCUCCGGUCACGGAAUCACUGGCUCUUAAGUGGCAGAGCUGCUAG